AUGAAAAUUAUGAUGAUUCCUACCCAUCACCAGACUUAUAACAUCAACACACACCAACCUCCACAACAACAGCAACAAUAUUUACCUACACCAGGUACACUGUAUACAUCACCAAGAGUCCCACAAUCCAUUCAGUUACCUCCUAUUCAUUCCUUUACUAAAUCGCAAUCCUUAUUUCCUCAAGCUGUACGCGACUCUCCUGCUGCAAAUUUCAAUCCAUACGGGGCAGAUUCAGCAAGGGUGUACACAAUAUACUCUUCAGUUUCACCGGAAAACUUACCAUAUAAUACGAGUCAAUUGCAAUUGAACCAGCAGUUUACAAAUUCUUCACGUCUUUUAACAGAACCUGUCAGAAACAUACCCAGUUUUUCAUUUCCUACUACGAAUUCUGGAAUUUCUAAAAUUGACAAAGUGGGCAAUUUCCAUUCACCAACGAUGGAUAAGAGGAUUAUGAAAAAUGGACCAGGUAAACUAAAUGACAAGAAACAAAGCUUUAAAGGAAAAAAGAAUGACAGGAAACUGCCCAAAUUUACUACGAAACCAAAGACAAAGAAGCCAAAACGCAACCAUUCUUUGAUACCAAAUAAUACAAUAAACUUUCCUAUUCGCAUGGUACUGUCUAAUGAUACUUUGUCCAUUGAAAACAAUAAUUUUCUCAACACAGUGGUAUAUCCAAAUAUUGAAAUCAAAAAGUAUUCAACAUCUGCCAUUGAUCCUCAGAGAAAUUACUUGACCGCAUAUGAAUAUCCUUUAAAUAAUCAUUGGGUGAUUUGGGAUUACGAAACAGGAUGGGUGCAUUUAACCGGUAUUUGGAAAGCAUCAUUAAGCACAGAUGAAUCAAAUGUUAGUCCAUCUCACUUGAAAGCAGAUAUUGUCAAAUUAUUGGAAUCAACACCAAAAGAAUACCAGCAAUACAUUAAGCGGAUAAGAGGUGGAUUCUUGAAAAUCCAAGGAACAUGGUUACCAUUCAAGUUGUGUAAGAUUCUUGCUAGAAGGUUUUGUUAUUAUUUGAGGUAUAGCUUAGUUCCUAUAUUUGGAACCGAUUUUCCUGAUUCUUGCUUGAAACCAAACGAAAAAGGGUAUGGUGAAUUGAAAUUGGACGAUUUACAUAUUUUUGAAAAGAGAGACUUGCCUGCUCCAAUGUUACCAGUAUCACCUCCAAUAGAACAAGUGGUACAACAACAACAACCACAUGGAUACAAAAAAGAUGAUGUAGCAACCACUGUUUCUUCAUUUCAACAAACGGGCUCUUUAUUACCUUUGCCACAGAAUUAUGAAAUUUCAGCUACAGCUAAGAACUCAGGAAACUGUCUUACAUUAAAUAAUACUCCAGAAACACCAAUUUUACACCACUUUCCUGACACCACCAGUACUAGAAGCGGAUCGUCAUUAUCAUUAUCGUCCUCAUCAUCAUCAUCAUCGAUGUUAUCUGUAGCAAGAACAGCUUCUAGUGCACCUGAAAGGGAAUCAUUAGAAAUCCCGUCAUUCAAUGAAAUGAUCGAUAUUGUAAAUGCUUCAAAAUGUUUGCAGACGUUGAGUCAAAAAGUCCAGAGUCCUCGUAGUAUACACAUGGAUGAACAGAAUGGUGGUCAACAAAUAUCGAAAGAUCAAGACAGGGGAAUAUCGGCAAUCCUAGUGGCAGCUGGAAUAAACUCUACUCAGAAUCAAGCUGGCAAUGUUUCUGAGUCACCUCAAUCCUUCAAUAAAGGAUCUAUGGCAAUUAGUGAUAUGUUAACAUAA